AUGGCUUUGGGCGAGCUGGCGUGCCUACAGGCGGGACAGCGCGUGCUUGUCCAUGCUGGAGCAGGUGGUGUUGGGCUGACGGCUGUGCAGUAUGCUCUGCGACUGGGUGCCGUGGUUUAUGCCACAGCGGGAAACCAGGACAAGCAGAACUAUCUUCUGCAGAUGGGUGUGAAGUGUGUCACAAGUUCGCGGGACGGCCAGAAGUUUCAGGAACAAAUGGCGACGGCGUUAGCCGACGAAAACAAUGCACAGUUGGAUGUAGUCCUGAACAGAACCGAGAGCCUCCCGAGCCGAGGUCAUGAUAACUUCAUUGGGCGGUCUCUGUCAUUCUUGCGGGAUGGAGGAGUUUUCAUCGAGAUUGGAAAGCGCGGCAUUUGGACCCACGAUGACAUGACAAAAGUGCGGCCCAAGGUGCAGUACAAAGUUCUAGCCAUGGACACGAUCUGCAAUGAGGACCCUGCACAGAUGGUGGACGGGGCCUGGGAGCCCCUGCCUUUUCGAGUCUUUGAAGGCUUGGGCGCCUGCUCAGAAGCCUUGCAAGUCCUUCGCAAAGCAGAACAGAUCGGGAAGAUUGUGCUCUCGGUGCCAUCACCUCUUCGCAUCCGGGAAGGGGCAACGUAUCUGAUAACUGGUGGAACGGGUGCGUUGGGGCUGGCUGUCAGCCGCGCACUCCUGGAAGAAGGCGCAGAAGCCACUCAGCAGGGCGACUUGGGCUCUGAAACGCAAGCUCGCGAAUUCCUCAUGCAGAAGGAUGUGGACAAAUUA